CUCUCUCCUCUCUUUUCCCCCCUCCCCCACACACACAUUAUUUAUUUAUUUGUAAUGACUGUAGUAGUAGAGACAACUCAGAUUUUUAAAGAUAAUCUUUUUAAGGGAAAAGUUUUAUUUUGUUCUGGAGGUGGUAGUGGUAUUUGUCGUAGUAUGACCGAAGCAAUGGUCAAUCAUGGUGCCAAAGCUGUCAUCUUUUCUAGAAGUAAGGACAAAUUAGAAAAAGCUGCAAGAGAAAUGUGUCUAAAGACUGGUGGCGAAGUUUUUGCUAUCGCUGGUGAUGUUCGUAAUCCAGCUGAUAUUGAGAGAGCUAUCAAGGUGACAAUCGAAAAAUAUGGUCAACUUGAUUUUUUAAUUAAUGGAGCAGCUGGUAAUUUCUUAUCUUCUUUCAAUGACUUGAGUUAUAAUGCAUUUCGUACCGUUAUUGAGAUUGAUUUACUUGGUACGUUUAAUUUGACGAAAGCUGCUGUUGAACAUCUUAAGAAAUCAAAAGGGGCUAUCAUUAAUGUUUCUGCAACCUUACACUAUACGGGGACUCCUUUUCAACAACAUGCUGGUGCGGCUAAAGCAGCGAUUGAUGCUCUGACUAAGCAUUGGGCAGUUGAAUUAGGGCCUCAUGGAGUUCGUGUAAAUGGCAUUGCACCUGGCCCUAUUGCUUCAACAGUAGGUAUGGAGAAACUAGGUCCUGCUUUUGAUACUAAGGGUGUUCCUUUGCAGCGAAUGGGUGAAGUUCAAGAUAUCGCUCAAUCUACUGUUUUUCUUUUCUCUGAAGGAGCUAGUUAUAUUACCGGUGUAGUACUUGUCGUAGACGGUAAACAUUUGAUAAAGAUAAAACACACACACACACCUAUACAUAUAUCUUACUAACUAUUUGUAUUAGGGGGUGCAUGGUUAAAUCCUUCUUAUCCUAACUAUCCUGAUAUUGUUCUUUCAAAUAUUAGCUUUAAGCUUUAAAAAUAUUCGUUAGUAAACCAAAAAAAAAGAAAUAUUAUUAUUUAUUUGUCUUCAACUAUUUAACAUGGAGUUCUUUUUAUAUAAAUAAACCCCUCUUCUUCUUCUUCUUU